AUGGCUUUGCUGGCACGGAUCCGGAAAGCGGGUCUGAACCGGGCGCCCGCGCGGAGAAUCUGGGACCCCGCUGGGUCUCGGGCAGAGGAGGACAAAGGAGCGGUGCUGCCAGGGGCGCCGCGGACCCACGGCCUGGCAAAGGGUCCCCGGAGCCUCACCGCCAUGCCGGGGCCCGGGACCCUCGCCAACCUGGUGGAAUUCUUCUGCAAGGACGGCUUCAGCCGCAUCCACGAGAUCCAGCAGAAGCACACACAGGAAUAUGGAAAAAUCUUCAAGUCUCACUUUGGUCCUCAGUUUGUAGUAUCUAUUGCAGACCGAGACAUGGUGGCUCAGGUGCUGCGAGCAGAAGGGGCUGCGCCCCAGAGAGCCAACAUGGAGUCCUGGCAGGAGUACCGAGACUUACGAGGGAGAUCUACUGGGCUCAUCUCAGCGGAGGGUGAACAGUGGCUCAAGAUGAGAACUGUACUGAAACAAAGAAUUCUGAAACCCAAAGAUGUGGCUAUUUUUUCUGGCGAAGUAAAUGAAGUUAUUGCUGAUUUGAUUAAAAGAAUCUACAUUCUCAAGAGUCAGGCAGAAGAUGGAGAAACAGUGACCAAUAUUAAUGACCUUUUCUUCAAGUAUUCAAUGGAAGGCGUGGCCACCAUCAUUUUUGAGAGUCGUCUGGGCUGCCUGGAUACCCACGUCCCACAGUCCACUGUGGAUUACAUCAAGGCCUUGGAACUCAUGUUCAGCAUGUUCAAGACUUCCAUGUAUGCUGGAGCCAUCCCCAAAUGGCUCCGCCCCUUUAUUCCAAAACCCUGGCUGGAAUUCUGCAGGGCCUGGGAUGGACUCUUCAAUUUCAGCCAAAUUCAUGUUGACAACAAGCUGAGCAGCAUUCAGUGCCAGAUGGACCGAGGGCAGAGAGUGCAGGGGGGCGUGCUCACGGACCUCUUCCUCAGUCAGGAGCUGACGCUGGAGGAAAUCUACGCCAACAUGACUGAGAUGCUGCUAGCUGGAGUUGACACUACAUCUUUCACCUUGUCCUGGACAGUGUAUCUUCUUGCAAGACACCCAGAAGUGCAGCAGACUGUGUACCAGGAGAUAGUGAAGAAUUUGGGGAAAAGACAUAUUCCAACAGCAGCAGAUGUCCCCAAAGUCCCACUGGUCAGAGCUCUGCUUAAGGAAACUUUGAGAUUGUUUCCUGUACUUCCUGGUAAUGGCCGGGUCACCCAGGAGGACCUGGUUGUUGGCGGAUAUCUGAUUCCUAAAGGCACCCAGCUGGCCCUUUGCCACUAUGCUACUUCCUAUGAGGAAGACAACUUCCCUCAGGCUAAGGAGUUCCGGCCUGAGCGCUGGCUUCGGAAAGGAAAGUUGGACAGAGUCGAUAAUUUUGGAUCCAUCCCCUUUGGCUAUGGGGUUCGAAGCUGCAUUGGGAAGAGAAUUGCAGAACUGGAGAUCCACCUUGUUAUCAUCCAGCUGCUUCAAUAUUUUGAGAUCAAACCAUCUUCUUGGACGAAAGCAGUUCAUGCAAAAACCCACGGGCUUCUGACACCAGGGGAGCCCAUCCACGUGCGUUUUGUGAACAGAAAGUGA